AUGUGCUCUCUCUUCACUCGUAAAAGUUCAUCUUAUACUUCAGGUUUCGAUGACUGUGCGAGCAUUCGUGAUUCAAAGCUGAAGAAGGUCAAGGAUGCAUGUCCAAGGAAACAUUCACAGCACACGAAAGGCAAUAAGCUGUGGGAAUUCAUUCGGGACGCAUUGAAGGAUCCUGUCACAUGCCCAUCAAUUGUCCGAUGGGAAGAUCCCAUCGAAGGAGUGUUUCGGAUAGUUGAAUCAGAAAAACUGGCUCGACUUUGGGGCGAGCGGAAGAACAAUACUAAAAUGACCUACGAGAAAUUGAGUAGAGCAAUGAGUGCUGAAGAAUUGAAGAAACGUGUUUCCACAGGCUGGGCUGAUGAGGCUCUUCUCUUGCGGGAAGAUGUCCAGGCACUAGUAGAAGUGAUAAAAAGCAUUGGAAAGGCUUUGCUAAUGUUGUAG